UUCAAACCCCAAAGGGAGCGAGGAAUGGAUGCAGUAAGCAGCGCGAACGAUGAAGUGUUCCGGCGACACAAGAACUACUUUGCGCAGUACAUCGAUUCGGACGACUCGAAUCUCCCAGACAAGAUCCGAGCGCUCGCAGAGACGGAGGGCGGCUCCAAGCGCCUCAUGGUCGACCUGAACGUGCUACGUGUAUACGACGGGUACUUUACCAACGGCAACGACGAAGCCAAUAUUGUGACGCGUUUGCUGCAACAGCCGUCCGAGUACUUGCCGCCGCUCGAGGACGCUGUACGCGACGCCAUCGUGAACGCCCAGAACUCGUACAACCCGAAGGCCGCUUUGACAGUGGACGCAAGUCAAGUGGAGGUGGGUCUCGAAGGCGACUUUGGCGCACACUUUAUGACUCCCCGCGGGUUGGUCGCGUCGUUUCUGUCCCAAUGCGUGUGCGUGCACGGCAUCGUGACCAAGUGCUCUGCAGUCCGCCCCAAGGUGGUCAAGUCGGUGCAUUACUGCAAGGAAACCAACUCGAUGGUGUCUCGCGAGUACCGCGACCACACAUCUCUCACAGGGGCGCCAACCACCAGCGUAUACCCGACCAAGGACGAGAACGGCAACCUCCUCGAGACCGAGUUUGGGCUGUGCCAGUACAAGGACUACCAGGUACUGACCAUCCAAGAAACGCCCGAGACCGCUCCCCUUGGGCAACUUCCCCGGUCGUGCGACGUCACAGUCGAAGCCGACCUCGUCGACAAGUGCAAGCCCGGGGACCGCAUCCACGUCAUCGGCGUAUUCCGAGCCAUCGCGUCGCAAACAGUAGGUGAAGACACCUGGAAUAAAUAUGACUCAUAUGGAUCACGGCAGGCGGCGUCGUCGUCGGGGGUGUUCAAGACGGCCCUAUUGGCCAACAACGUUCAAGUGAUGGGCAAAGAAGUGCACGGCAUCGUCAUGACGACGGAGGACGUGAUGCACGUGCGCGAGUUCGCCAAGCGCGGCGACGCGAUGGACAUUCUGUCGCGGUCCAUCGCGCCAUCCAUCUUUGGCCAUGCCGCCAUCAAGCAAGCGCUGCUUCUCCAGCUGCUCGGCGGCGUCGAGAAGAACCUGGACAACGGCACGCACCUCCGCGGGGACAUCAACGUGCUCAUGGUAGGCGACCCGUCCACGGCCAAGUCGCAGCUGCUCCGGUUCGUGCGGAACCUGGCGCCGCUCGCGGUGAGCACCACCGGGCGUGGGUCCUCCGGGGUGGGUCUCACCGCCGCCGUGACGUUGGACCCCGACACCAAGGAGAAGCGGCUGGAGGCGGGCGCGAUGGUGCUGGCGGACCGCGGCAUCGUGUGCAUCGACGAGUUUGACAAGAUGGGCGAGGCCGAUCGCGUGGCCAUCCAUGAAGUGAUGGAGCAGCAGACCGUGACCAUCGCCAAGGCGGGCAUCCACGCCACUCUGAAUGCGCGGUGCAGCGUCUUGGCGGCGGCGAACCCCGUGUACGGCCAGUAUCAGAAAAACAAGCGGCCGCAGGAGAACAUAGGGCUGCCCGACUCGCUGCUCAGUCGGUUCGACCUGCUCUUUGUCGUGCUGGACUCGCUGGACCGGCACGCCGACCGCAUGAUCAGCGAUCAUGUGCUUCGGAACCACCGAUACUGCGCGCCGGGGGACGAAGGGCGGCCGAUCUCGUUCCACACAACCGAGAUCUGGACCGACAAGGACGCGGCGGACGCGGGGAUGUCCAUCUUCCAGCCGUACGAUCCGCUUCUGCACCCCAACUCGAACAAGGAGGGCGUGCUCACCGUGCCCUUUCUCAAGAAGUUCAUCCAUUACGCCAAGACGCGGUUGCCGCCCGUGCUCACGGAACCCGCGCGGGACCUCAUCGCCGAAGGGUACGCGGCCCUCCGCAGCCAGCAGACCCAGCGCACACUCCCCGUGACGGCGCGGACGCUGGAGACGCUGAUCCGCCUCGCGUCGGCGCACGCCAAGGCCCGACUGAGCAAGUACAUUGAGCUGCCGGACGCCACGCACGCGCUAAACUUGAUGAAGUACGCGCUGUACCAUGAAGUGUCGACGGAAGCAACCGCCGACGACCGCCCGGGGACGACGACACGGCAAGAAGAUGAGCCUGUGGACGAAGACGAGGAGACUCAGGACGUGGACAUGCCAGAGCUGCCCCCCCCUGCCAAGCGCUUCAAGGUGGACGAAGAGAUGCCCAAGCAGCCGACCGACGACUUGCGCCAACGGGUGACGGCGUACUUGAGCCAAGUCACGAGCGAAGAGAACGAAGAGUCGAUGGGCCAGCAGUUUUAUGUCAAGGACCUCCUCACUGCGGUCAACAAGGGCCAACCCAAGCGCGCAACCGCCAAGCAGUUGGGCGUCGUGCUCAUGGCGCUGGAAGAAGAGAACAAGCUCAUGUACCUGCGAGAUGGCGACGAUCCGUCCAUCAUGUUAGUCUAAGGAAGGGUGUGUAUUCAUGCAUUUAGUGUAUCAAUCGUUUGACUUUGGCGGAGCAGCAGCGGGGUUGUUGGGGAUGACGGGGCUGUCGAUGUCCACAGAGUCGUUCAGCGCCACUGUCGCAAGCUCCAUGUAUGCUUCCAUGGAAGGAAUGGGCUGGAAGUGUGCCAUCCCGCCGCCUCUUCUUCCGUCAAGGGGGAGGGACUUCUUGGCCACGGAACUCGCCUCGUCCGAGAACCACCGCCGCCGCCACACGAGCAAUCGCCCUCGCUGCAUUUUCAGAUCACAGGCAAUUUCGGGGACUAGCCAAUGACAGGCCGU